AUGCGGUCUCUGGUCGAGUCAGCUCGUUCGUUGGCAAGAAUUGCACGAAGACAUGAUCUGUUUUCGGCACACACGCAACGGUUGUGUCAACGAGCCGAACGACGGAGCCAUUCGACGCCUGUGAAGACAGAAGGAGCUCUGGCGGGUGUGAAGAUUCUCGACUUGUCUAGAGUGCUUGCUGCACCAUAUUGUACACAAAUUCUUGCCGACUACGGGGCAGAUGUCAUCAAGAUCGAGGAUCCCGAACGCGGCGAUGACACCCGAUACUGGACCGUCACCGGAGAAGGAAAAGGCAUGUGGAAGGAUGGUAUCGGCCCAAUGUCGAACUACUUCUCAGCCGUGAACCGCAACAAAAAGUCCGUUGCCCUGAACUUGAAGCACAAGCGAGGAAGGGAGAUCUUCUUGGAGAUGGCGAAAGAAGCCGACGUCGUCGUCGAAAAUCUACGACCAGGCAAUAUGGACAGACUGAAGAUCGGCUAUGAGGACCUCCGGAAAGUUAAUAAGAGGAUCAUCCUGGCUAGCACAUCUGGGUACGGAGCUGGUGGUCCGAUGGAGAAGCGAGCAGGCUACGACAUGAUCGCAGGAGCAGAAGCCGGUCUUCUUCACCUUACCGGCGAACGUGGUGGCGGACCUGUUCGACCUGGGCUUGGGUUGACGGAUAUGUCUACUGGAUUGUACAUGCACGGCGCCAUCAUGGCAGCCCUCUAUGCCCGCGAACGCACCGGCGAAGGACAAAAAAUCGACGGUUCCUUAUUCGAGACUCAAGUCGCUUUGCUAACCAACGUUGGCCUCUCAUGGCUCAACAUGGGUGUCGAAGCCGAGCGAUGGGGAGCUCAGCAUCCCAGCGUUGUCCCCUACGAUGCCUUCAAGACUAAGGAUUUGUACUUUGUCUGCGGCGCCACAAACGACAAGCAAUUCGCAAAUCUCGUCAAGAUUCUCGGCCGUCCCGAGCUAGCGCAAGACGAGCGAUUCACUUCCAACGGACAGCGGGUGACGAAUCGCAAUGAUCUGUAUCCGAUCCUCCAGGAAUUGUUCGCGGCAAAGUCGACGACAGAAUGGGAGCAGGAAUUCGAGGGGAGUGGAAUGCCGUACGCUCCGAUCAACACAAUGCAACGAGUCUUCGAGCACCCGCAGACCCACGCACGCGAUAUGAUCGCGGAGGUUCCUCUUGACUCUGCGGCAUCGGGUAAGAUCAAGCUGAUAGGUCCAGCGAUCAAAUUCAGCCAUACCAAAGCGACAAUUCGUACACAGCCCCCGCUUCACGGCGAGCAUACGAAUGAAGUGCUGGGAAGCUUUGGCGUAACGCAAGAAGAGCUAGAGAGCUUGCAGGAAGAAGGGGUGCUGAUGAACAGGAAGAAAGUGGUAUAG